UGAAAAACUGUUUAGAUUCAAACUAUAUUGCAUUAUUUCAACACGGUCAACAAAAUAAUAUAGAUAGCAUUUUGAAAGGAAUUGGCAAUCUUUACAAUAUCGGAUGUCAACCGCAAGUUGCAAACUUAUAUCCGCCAAUACAAUUUCCAGUCAGUCGUGGAACACCAAUGAUAUCUCCUCUUAUAAAAUGGGAUCACUCUGAAAAUUAUUAUGUUGCAAAAUUCGUAAGUGAGGAAAAACCUACCAUUAGAGAAACAAUUCAAGAGAUUACAUUCAAAGAUUCCAAUUUGAAAUAUAUGUAUGAUCAUGUAAUUGACGGUAGGAUUCUAUUGCCAGCUUCAGGUUAUCUGAUUUUAAUUUGGAAAAUGAUUGGAACAAUGUUACGCUGUGACUAUAAAAAUAUACCAAUUAUAUUUGAAGAUGUUAACUUUCUUCGUGCUACUUACUUAUCAAAAACGACUACUGUUAAACUGACUCUUUCAAUACAAAACGGCAGCAAUCAGUUUGAGAUUAGUGAGGAAACUACUGUUGUUGUUACUGGAAAAGUGUGGAUUCCACAUGAUAUUGCAAAUCAUAAAUUACUUAUUCAUAAUUUAAAAGAACCUGAAUAUAACGUUACAAAAUGUAUGAGUACCAAGGAUAUUUACAAAGAAUUACGACUUCGUGGUUAUCACUAUUUUGGUAUAUUUCAAGGCUUGAAAAGUGCAUCAAUUUCAGCAAAAAUGGGAUAUAUUACAUGGUCAGACAAUUGGACAGCAUUUAUUGACAACAUGAUGCAGAUGAAAAGUUUGUUACUAGAUUCAAGAAGUCUUUUUGUAUCAACAAGUAUUCGUAAAUUAGUAAUUGAUCCUCAAUUUCACAUAAAGCAAAUACAAACUACGCCUGAUGAAAAAGCGAACUUUUCUGUACGCGUUUAUGAUUCUCUGGACGUUAUAAUAUCUGGAGGAAUCGAAAUUUAUGGCGUUAUGACUACAAAUAUAUCUCGACAAAUUACUGAACCUAUUCAUGAUGAAUAUUGUUUUAUUGCUCAUUGUGAUCGUGCUGUGAUGUCUCUAACAGAAAUUAUACAAAUAUCAGCGCAUAUCUCGCUGGAAUGUAAUCUAGUACUACAGGCAAAUUUUAUUGAAUUAAUUGAAAAUGUUGACACAGUUACAGAGCAAGAUCUAAUCUCUACAAUUCUUUAUGACAUUUUAAAUAAUUUGCCAAUGAUCGAACCAAAUGUUUCAUUGGUUGCUCCAGCUAAUCGUUUCAAAAAUAAUGAAUUAUCUCCAAAUAUCAAGCANUCCGACAAUUUGACAAAAGAUAACAAUUUCCUAAUGAUUAUUGUUUUCAAACUUUUAACAAAAAACANAAGUGAAUUAAUCAAUACAUUAUUGUCUACAUUAAAAAAAGGUUGCUUUAGAAACGUACAGAGAAAGAAGCAUUUGUGCUUUUAA